GAUUCUGGUCCACCCAAAACAGUCAGAGAAUGGUAUCGGUAUACAAAACACAUGACAGACUAUGCUUCAGCUAGGAUCAGAUCAGGAACAGUUAAACUCGGAAGAUCGCCGGAUGUUAUUCUGGUAUUGGAUACAUCUGACCGCAUGACAGGGUAUUUCCAGAAGUUGAAAUCAGUUGCAUUACAAUAUGUGUAUGGAAUUAAACAAAGUUCAGAAUGUGGCGAUCUGGCAAUUGGCAUUGGUUUAGCAGUAUUCGGCAGAGAGACACGGCUUAUUCAAGAAGCAACAAUUGAUUAUGAAUCAGUUAUAGAAUUGAUAGAAAAUUUAAGGCCAGAAGGAGAUGCACACAUUUUAGCGGGUCUACUGAUGGGAUAUGCUGGAGUAGUUUCAUGUUUUACAGGCAGAUACAAAGAUAUUGUGUUACAGGCACACAUGAUAGUUAUCACAAAUGGAUCUUCAGAACAAUGCAAACUUUCAACCGAAAAUAGCGAAAAUUAUGUUUUUGCAUUGCGUAAAUCUCAAGUACCAUCAGACAUUAAUGGUGUUAUCGAUGAGAUAGUUUCCACCACAACUAGGAUCUUUUAUGUGCCUAUUGGCGGAAAUCAAAGCAACAACACUUUGGAACAAGCUGUAGGAAAAACUAAUGGAAAAAUUAUACCAGCCAAUGAAAUGUACCGCUUGAUCACAAUGACUAGUGUUAUGCUACUAGCGAUACAAAUAGCUUCUGAUAUACGAUAUUUAGAAAAACAAAGCAGAGAGGACAUAAGGAAGAGAAUAUCAAAUCACUCUAGCUUGGAUGAUAAGCACGAAGACUGUCUAGAUAUGGUACCAGACUUCAUCAAUCCCUUGAGGUUUGACAAUAUGAGAGGUCUAUAUCUAGAGUUUGGUUGCCAUAAACUCACAUUGGGAGAUAGAGUAAGACGGGGUCCAGGUUGGACUUACGAUGAUCAAGAUUUAGGCCUACCUGGAACAGCUGUUGGUUAUGAGCAAAGAGAUAUAGGAUGGGUUGUAGUAGCAUGGGAUCAUGGGGCUAUCUAUCCCUAUCCAUACGAUGAAAUGAUGGGUAGACUUCAAUUAAGAAAGGUACAUGAACCUAGAAUUUUGGUCGAUGAGCUGAUAGCAGUUGGUUGUAGAGUAGUCAGAGGUCAGGAUUGGAAAUUUGGCGAGCAUGACGGAGGGAACGGUACGGAAGGAACAGUUUUAAGUGUUAGAGAGGAAGGAAAAGUAGUGGUACGAUGGGACAGAAAAAAUAUAGGCAUCUAUAAAAUUGGAUAUAAGGGACGUUUUGAAGUGAAGUUAAUUGAUAAUUUUUCGAACGAUGGCUAUACAAUUGGGUGCGAGGAGACGGAUAGGUAUGGUAUUGGCGAAGAAAGAUAUAACGAACCAACAACUAGAAAACAUCAAAAUGCUCCAUAUACAAUGAAUACUAAUGAAUGCGGUCCAGAAGAUUAUGUUAUUCCAAUAUAUUCCGAAACAUCAAUAAGUGUUAUUUGGGAGCACAAGAAAGGUUCACAAUGGGAGAAAUAUCCACCCGGAGUAAAUGUAAAGAUUGAAAAAGCCUAUCAAAGGAAGAAAACAGGGAAAAUCAUCAUAGAAAUGGACCACACAACAUAUAUAAUCCAUUUUUCGAGAAUGGUACAGGUGAACGCUCAAAAUAAGACGGAAACAGAAGUUAGAAGGAGAGAUUGAUGCCUCUUUACGACAAUGACAAGUAUCUCAAUUCCUAUUGCAUAGUUCCAUUGAAGAACAGCUGCGGAUUAACACACUAGUAGUUUAAAAC